GUGAAAACAUGUUUCCAAUGUUCGUGUCCAACACUUGUAUAAAAUGGGACUGAACCGAUGUCUCCAAACAAGAAAUAAUUUACCCUGAAGGUCUUAGAGAGCGAGGUUCGACAAUGAUGAAAAUUGUAAUUUUAGCUGCACUGAUUUGCAUUUGUUCUGGCCACUUAUGCCUUGUCAGCCCCGCCCAACGAGGAACUGCCAAUGGUAUCAAUGCUGCAGGUGCACAGGACUGCUACCUGAUUACGCCACCGUGUGGGGGCCGAGCUCAAAACUUGACGUCAACCACUGGACUGCUAGCCGGUAAAAAUUUUGUCGUCACCUUCCAAAAGAACAUUGACCACUUCAACAGCGCCGCACCUGGUUACUUCAGCGUGUCACUGGGUGCUGACGAGACGUCCUUGAAAGAGUUGACCCGUGUCCCUGACACGAGUGACCCGUCCUUGACCCUCUACUCUGCAACCAUCGCUGUACCCCGCACACCCGGCAACCAGGUGCUACAAGUCAGCUACGUCACAAACAAAACGCCGCCAUUGUUCAACCAGUGUAGUGACGUAAUUAUUGUAGAAAACGACGUCCUUCCUGUUGGUUAAGAUGAUGGUUUAAUUUAUUUGACCUUUGAACUGAAAUAAAAACAAAACGUGUUCUUUA